UCCUCCUGGAUUGGUUUGGCUCUUCAUCAAUCAUUUCUAGUAGCCGGGACUCCAGAUGGGCUGAAUGGGGAAGGAGGGAGGGAGAAAUAGAAACCGGUGCACAGAGGGAGAGAGCAGCUGCCAGAGGCCAGGAGGAGAAACCUUCGCUGAAGCCAGGUGAGGGUGCAUGGGAGACGCAGCACUGCAUCCACAUGCUCUGAAAGCCGCCUGCUUCUGUAGCGUGCAGCAUUGUUCCUCCCGCAGCACGUCCGUGUGAAUGAAGUGGUCCGGAACCUGACAUUCACCCUCUGCCUGCUUACAACUGGCCAUAAAUUGCAACACACUGGGAGCCAAAUCGUAACUGCACCGUGUAAAAGAUCCUCAGCCAGAAACAGCCAAACAAGCUUUGAUGGAAAUGUCUUAUAAUUUGACAGGAGAAAAUGAAUUCCGUCCCCCCCAGAAUUUAAUUGUACCCAGCGCAUCCAGUCCAGUUGAGAACAGCUUAAAGGAGCCUUGUAACACACCACUGAGCAAUGAUACUUUAUAUUCCAACACAAACAGCCCUUCAGAUUCUUGUGUGAAACCUCUCUGUGAUACAGCAUCCGAAAAGAAAAGUCAGUGCAAUAAAGGAGUUAAAUAUGUCUCCUCUGAAGGAGACAAACUUGAGUGUGGGUGGGGGGCUUUCACGCCUGCUUGUUUACAGUUCUUCAACACACCUAAGGGGAUCUUGUUAUUCCUCUGUGUGGCUUCUUUUUUGCAAGGGAUGAUAGUGAAUGGCUUCAUUAAUACAGUCAUCACCUCAAUAGAACGGCGCUUUGAGCUGCACAGCUACCAGAGCGGACUGAUUGCAAGCUCUUAUGACAUAGCAGCAUGUGUCUGCUUGACGUUUGUCAGUUACUUUGGGGGCAAUGGGCAUAAACCACGGUGGCUGGGAUGGGGAGUGCUCAUUAUGGGAGUAGGCUCCAUUGUCUUUGCGUUGCCUCAUUUCACCACUAGCCAGUAUGAAGUACACUUCUCAGAAGAGACCGGCAUGUGCUCUUCCAACCAGAGCAUGCAGUGUGCGGAAAGCAUCUCGAUCCUCUCAAACUACAGAUUUGUCUUCAUGCUUGGGCAGUUCCUGCAUGGUAUUGGAGCAACACCACUCUACACUCUUGGAGUGACCUAUUUAGAUGAAAAUGUCAAGUCUAACUACUCCCCUGUGUAUAUUGCUAUUUUCUACACUGCUGCAAUCCUUGGGCCCGCAGCAGGUUAUCUGGUAGGAGGAAUGUUUCUAAAUAUUUAUACUGAAAUAGGCAAACAAAUUGAUCUAACUCCAGAUAAUACUCUCUGGGUUGGGGCCUGGUGGAUAGGAUUUCUGGGUGCUGGAGCUGCCGCCCUUCUCACUGCCAUUCCCAUUCUGGGUUACCCUCGCCAGCUGCCAGGAUCCCAGCGCUACAUCAUUAUGAGAGUCUCCGAGGCUCAUCAGCUGAAAGAUGGGAGCCAUGAAACGGCAUCAGAUCCUGACUUUGGGAAAACACUUAAAGAUCUUCCACGAUCAUUAUUGCUGCUUCUGAAGAAUCCUACCUUCAUCUCCCUCUGUUUAGCUGGAGCAACUGAAGCCACACUCAUUGCGGGAAUGUCUACUUUUGGACCCAAGUUCCUUGAGUCACAGUAUGGUUUAAGUGCCUCCGAAGCUGCUACCUUGUUUGGUUAUCUUGUCGUGCCAGCUGGGGGAGGAGGCACAUUCCUGGGAGGAUUCUUCGUAAAUAAGUUUAAGCUUCGCUGUUCAGGAAUCAUCAAGUUGUGUUUACUUUGCACCGUGACAAGUCUACUGGCUGUUUUCAUAUUUUUCAUUCACUGCCCUAACAUGCCUAUGGCGGGAGUAACGCAGAUGUAUGACCGAAGCAUCUUAGUGAAAAGCAGCUUAAACCUGACAGCAGCGUGCAAUACCGAAUGUGAUUGUCUAAGGGAGCUCUACAGUCCAGUCUGCGGAAGCGAUGACAUCAUGUAUUACUCUGCCUGCCAUGCAGGGUGCAAAAAAAAAUCAUUCCUCGAUAGUGGCAAGAAGGUUUACCAUGAGUGUAGCUGUAUCCUGGAAAAUGAUCCUACUGGUUCUGCCCAAGCGAUAGCAGGGAAAUGCACUUCCUCCUGUGAGAGAAGGACUGUCCUUCUGGUUUUCAUGUUUUUUGUGAUUUUCUUUACAUUCCUAUGCAGUAUUCCUGCGCUGACCGCAACUCUACGGUGUGUCUCCGACAGACAGAAAUCAUUUGCAUUAGGAAUCCAGUGGAUUGUAGUAAGAACUCUAGGAGGCAUCCCCGGUCCUAUUGCCUUUGGCUCGAUGAUUGAUCUAUCAUGUCUGGUGUGGCAGGACCAGUGUGGAGAACAAGGUUCUUGCUACGUUUACCAGAACUCCGCCAUGAGCCGAUACACUCUGGUUGCUGGAAUUGUCUACAAGGUGAUGACCAGUUACUCUUUCACUUUCACAUCUCCUAGCCUGUGCUUUUUUGCUUAUGACUGGUUAGAUGAGCAGUGCCAACUGUGGCAGAAUUUUGGAAACCUCUGUUAUGCUGUUCUGAUCACAACACGAAUCCUAUCUUCACGCAACUUUGCUGUGAAAACUCAGCUUGUGGGUACCGUCAUUUUCCUGACUCCAUAUUAUUUUCCAAGCUAAAUGUUUUUCCUCUAAAAUUUUAGAGGAAAAACUCCAUAAAACCCACAUUUUAUUAAAAUCACUCACUCCAGAAGUGGAGUUGAGUAUAUAAAUGCGGUCCGUUAGCUAGUGUGUCUCAGGUCACGCUGCUCAUGCUGUAGAGACAAGUAAAUAGUUAUUCUCUGAUCACUGCUCAAAAAUGUCGAGAGGGCGAAUGGUUCAAUAUUUAUGGUCAGAAAGCAUUGUUUUAACUCACUUAGCUUGCAGGUCACAAUAGGGAUCAGCAGCUGUGAUGAGAAGGCAUGUGUGUAGCAAUGCUAGUAUACACAGCAAAAUACCGUAGGUCAGAUCCUCAGCUGCUCUAAAUCCAUGUAGUUCAGUGCAGUUUGGUUCCAGGUCUUUUAAAUGGCUGGAGCAUCCCACUAAGAUCCCAGUGCAGUACUGUCAUGGAGUCAGGUGAUCGGAGAAUCUAGCCCCUGCCACAUGGAGUUCCUGGGCAUGCAGCGUUGUACACUCCCCAAUCCAGUCUUCCCCCAGCUACUCAGCAAACAUACCUACUGGUGACAAUGAGGCCUUCGAAGCCAAGGUAUUGCCCCUUGAUGUAGUCAAAAUCUCGCAAGUUGGGAACUUUAGAAGGGAAUCAUACAUAAUUGUCAAGAACUAGGUAAAGAGCUGACCUGCCUCCCCCCCCCACAAAUCCAAAAUGUUCUUCAUUUAAAAACAAAUCCCAGCUGCAAGAAAACCCAGUUUGUUUCCAAAAUAAUGGCACAGUUCUAGCCACGGUCCUUUUUACAUGCAGGGUUUGAUGCUAUGUGAUGAUAGGCCAUGACUGCAAAGUUCAGCUCCAGAACCUUUCCUGAAGCUGCAAUGGUUUAAAUGGAGGGUUUGGGGUCAGUCUGUUAGAAAGAUGACAGUGGGGGGCCAUGUGUGAAGUUUAUAUGUGAUCUUCAUCAUCAUCAAGGAUUGUUUGAUCUGGAUGAAUCCCCCUCCAUAAUGCUAAUGGGUAUGAUAGUCACCACCCCGCACAGCAUAGUACAGUGUCGGUCUAAAAACUAUGAUCAUAAAUUGUGUGUGUACUUUUAUGAACUUUUAUUUGUAAUUUGCAUCAUGCUAAGCACUACUCACAUGGUAGCAAGAGCUUCUAAAAUAAGGUUUUAGGGUCUCACCCUUGUGCAGUCUUGCUUUGCUGCCUCUACAUUCAAGGGAACUCUGCAGACUAACUGGCUGCUCACUGAGGUUUUGUGCAUAUUCCGAAAAAGUAGGCAUGCACACCUGCUCAUAAUCAACUGGAGCAUAUUCCCAGAGCCACAUACUAAUCUAUUUUCCCAGCUAAUCUCUUCCUUGUCUUUAUAAUCCAGCCAAAUCCUCCUGCACAGGUCACCUGCAUGUCAAAUUGUGCUUACGACUUCCUCGUAACGUGUUCAAGCUCUUUUAAUCUGGAUCUGGGAAGCCUGGAGGGAGCUAUUCUGCCACUGUUAAUUAGCAUAGUUCCAUUGGCACCAGCAACACCACUGUCUUCACGGUUGCUAUACUGAUUUACAUCAGUUGAGGCUCUGGCCCUGGGUUUUUAAAUAAGUUAGAGUCGUGUUUGGUAUUAAAAGUGGCUCUAACAGUAACAGGAGAUGUCUUGAUGAUUACAGGUGGUUGGAAUAGUCUUCUUUCUGCUGGCCUGUUUACUUUACAAACCGCCUCCCCCAGAAUCCCUACCAGGGAGCUCAAAUGCAUCAGAAAAUGGGAACUGUGUCCUCCAGGAGAACAAAUCUUCUCUCCAGACCCAAGCUGCUGAAUAGCACUAUAAAUACUGCAAUAGACUUUCUCCCAAUCUCAGAAAUACCAUGUCAAAAUAUUGUUUUGUUCCUGUUUUAUGAUUACUAUUAUUAUUACUAUUGCUUUACCCUUUUGUUUUUCUAUUUAAAGAAGGAUAUAUGAAGUAAGUUCUGGUUUGGAGUAUCAUUUUCUGAAGGGCAGAAGCACAUGAGAGGAUACAUACAUUGAUGCCAUAUGAGGAUCUGUGCAUUGAUGCCUGACACUUAUUUUACUCACUGGUAGCUUUAUAGCACUUCUGUAACAAACCUGAACCACAAUAAAGAAGCCAGAGUACCACUGUGGGACCAAAUUCUGAGCUGGUGUAAACUGGCUCCAUUCACUUCUGCUGAGAAUCUGGCAUGUAACACAUACAUCAUAGAGCCAUCAGUAGCAAAACACUUGUGUUCAUACUUUUUAGGUCUGAUCAACUGCCUAUACUCAUGUUGACAAUCUGCUACCAUAGGCAAAGCAAGGAACAAAAACAGUGUCUUUUUUGUUGCUGUAGCACAUACAGCAUUGCUCAUAAUGCAUGCUCUAUUCUCUCUCUGUUCAGUUCAUUCAUAUAGAACAUUUAAUUGUGAUUGUUCAUAAUACUUUGCAGUGGUUUGAGAUCACGGAUUACCUGGGAAGUUCAUCAGUAGAUCACAUACAACACACUGUUGAAACUUGAACAUCACUGGCUAUUUUUAACUCACUACCCCAGCCUUUUUCUGUCGCCACCUCUGGUUUCCUAAUUCCAGUCCCAAGAUUUGCAGUAUAGUUACAAUCUGGUUUUCUUCCAUUGUUUUAAGAUGAACACAUUUUGUAAUGACCUGUAAAGGCAGUCGGACUAUUUCUUGUCUUUGAGCUAUUGUGCUGUUUGACACAGAAACAUAUAAGAUAUGGAUCUGUGCAAUGUUUUGUUUGUUCUGCUCUGUAAAGACAUUGUUUUUAAGUACACAGAAAAAUCCAAACUAAUUUAAUUUUUCUCACACUGCUCGUUGGAAGAGAAACCUAACACAGCAACAGACUUUAUUGUAUGAAGCUAAUGAAGAAAUCAACCAGAUUCCUAGCUGGUGGAAAUAGACAUAGCUCUGUUGAUUUCAAUGAAGCUACACUGAUUUGCACCAGAUGAUGAUCAGAUCCAUUGUUUGCAAAUAAAUUGGCCACAUUUUCAAAAAUGUCCUUUAAAUAUGCACUGCAGUAUUAACCGUAUGUUGUUGACAAGGACAAGCAAUGGAUGGCCAGCAUCUGAUGGCCAGAUUUAUGGGUGGUUGUCUCACCCACACCCACGAAAUUAGGCAGGUAACAAAAUCUUAUUAUUUGGCUCUUCAAAUAGUUGUACAAGCAAAAAUUGCGGGUAGAAAUUCAGCACUUGGACUGAGGCCUCUCUGAAGAUGCAGGUCCCUGAAAUCCUUAUCCUGCACAAAACUGUAGUGAAGAAUUAUAGGACAACCACUAACAAGCUGUUUAAUCAACAUGUAAUGUUCAGUACAAAAUAUUUAGAAAGAUUUAUAGCUACUUCGUAUUUUUUUUAUAUUUAUGUUUUUGUAAAAGAGUGAAGAAGGUUGAAAAGCUGUUUAUAGUUUUUUGGCAAAGGACCAAACAUUCCGGAGCACAGCCAACACCAUUAAACACAGCCAUAUCCCAUGCCUGGUGUUUCCCAUUCUACCGAGGGUGAUGCUGUGGUGAAGAUAUGGGGCUGAAGUAAAAUAUUCGUUCUUUCCUUGACACUCACUGGGAAUGAGCUUUGAAUAAGAGUUCCUCUGCCAUCCGUGAAUCCUCUUCCACCAAAGCCAUGGAUUUACUAUGCAGCAGCAGCCAUUAAAAGGCCCAUAUUUCCCAACCGUUGACACAUCUCAGUGUCUAGGGAUGUCUACACAGCAUUUUGGAGCAAGCCUCUCAGACUCAGGCUAGUCGCACUAUUGCUCUAAAAAUAGCUGUAUAGUAAACAACAGAUUGAAGUUGUGGCAGGGGCUGGAGCUUGGGCUCUGAAUCCCCCAGCCGCAGCUUCAGCCCGAGCUGCAAGUUCAAAGCACUGUCCAUACCACAACUUUUAGAGCCAUUGACCUGGGAUGAAAGGCUCACUCCAAAAUGCCAUGUACACCUAUCCUGGGAAAUGUUGCAACGUCUCUGGUGUCGUAGCAUGGUAACUACUGCUGAACGUUGACAUUCUGGAAGGCAUCCCUGGUCAGUAGCUCUGGGUAGUCAUGGACCUAUUGAUACUGCCUUCCCAGAAUAAACCCCUAUGCACUGGUGCAUACAGAGCCCUUGCAGUAUUUUGGGUGUGGCUUCCCCCUCUCUGCUGCUUGACACCUACUCCCCAUUUUACACACCCCGGUGAUGAUUUAAGGGGUGUGACUAGGCCCAAAGAGAUUAACCCUGACCAAUAGUAAAUGGUUCUUCAUGACCGUCAACAGUUUUCUCAGGCACCUAUAAGCAAGACAACCACUAUCUACAGGAGUCUGCCACUCCAGUACACUAUAAACAAUAAACACAUUCCAACACUUUGGGUAAAAGCAGUAGCCUGGUGAGUUGUAUGACAUUAUUCUGGGGAAAUAUUUGUGCAUAUUGUACUUACGAGGUUAGAAGUGUUUAUAUAUAUGACAUGCUUUACUAGUGUUUAUAAAAUGAAAUUUAUUUGAAUUUAUCAUUUCAAGAGCAAAAGAAUAGUGGUGUUUUAUUAUGUUGAUGUGGUCUUGAAAAUCCUUGAUUUUAAUUAAAUUGCAAAAAAAAAACAACCCUGUUCCUCUUAGGGUAACAUUUGUAUAUAAAAAAGUAUGUACGUGCCCAUGGUAUUUGAAAGGACAUUUCCUCAUCUCAUGUGAAGUAUUGUAUUCCUAUGAUGUCACAGAAAUAUAAGCAAUAUUUGACAGGUC